AUGGGAUCAUUACACAGCAAAGUUUCUCCCUCCCGUGAAAACUCGCUUGAAAAAGGCAACGAACUGUUUGUCGAUCCUCGCUCGCCUACGCUCAACAUCAACAGAAGCCCGAUCGUUCAAGAGGUAAGUUGGAGCAAUUAUGCAUCUAUUACAAAAGUAAAGGAUCUUACUGCGACUCUGACUAACCCGAACACUGAUUCGAUGCAAACACCGGCCCAUCAUUUGCCAAAGCGUUUUCAGUCAAUCAUUGAUCCGCGGUCUCCUAGCACAUUCACCAGAACUCCGCUGAUAGUGGAUCCGGAGCAAGAAGCGGAUUGCAGCUUAACUAAUGUCGUUUCGUCACUGCAGUAUGAAGAGUGCAGCGUCUUACAAGAAGUGGACAAUGUGGAUGCAUCGUUUAAAGAUUGUGAUCCGCAAAUGUUGGAUAUAUGCAAUCUACAGAUCGAGUACGACGAAUCCGAGCCCAUCAUACAAUCGUUGACAGACCCGAAAGAGGUGACCAUAUUCGAAGAUGCCCAGGUCGUACCGUUCGCAGGUAUAGAUCCCCGUUCUCCGAACAUCGCUAUUGCCCGGACCCCCAUGAUGCUUGUUGAGCUGAAUUAUGAUGAACACUCCCAAGAUCAUUCUGGCCAGGUAGCUGUCGUACUGGGUUUUGAGGAAAAUACGAAAGAGAAAGUUGAAAAACUAGAACAAAUCCCGCACCAAGAGCGAGUAGAGGACAACCGCACCCAGCGAGAAGAUGAAACACCGAAAAAGGAUAAGCUGACUACGGCCGGAUACAAGUCGGGAAAUCGUACGCCAUUGGGUUGUGUGACUAACAUUGCUACACCAAAUAACAUCCGUAAAAUGGCCCUCAUAGGCCAGAUUAAACAGAGCAUGGCUGUAGACGAGCAAAAGUUACUUUCCCGCAGUGGUAACUUCGGCAGUGCAGAGUUGAACACUUCUGCUAAGCAAACGAAUCGCUCUAGAAUUCCCAAGUUGCGCUUGUCAUAA